AAGACCAGAUCUGCUACCGUGCACCGUAAUACUAGCUCACGUCCUCCGGCGCACACUGAGUGGACUUUAUGGAUUUAUAAUCGCAUAUUUGACGAACGGAUAAAGGAGCGCGAUCCGAGGAUUUAAAGCUGAACGAGAGGACUUCUUACCCGGUUGAAUUGGGACGCUUUCCCCCGAAUCGCGGGGAACUGGAUUAAGCUUCUUCAUGCAACUUUUUUGGAAAGAAACCAAGAGCAUCUCACCAGGGAAUAGCAAAAACAUCAGCAACGGUGACAUCGCCCUCUCUCUGAUAACUGCAGGUGUUGCGUUCUCUCUCGGUCCCUCCGGGGAGAUGUACCAAGGGUUCCCCGGCGACCCAGACAGCGGAUCCCGUGAAAGCUCCUCUCCAUCUAUAGAGUCCCAGUACCUUUCCUCCGUGGACUCCUUUGGAAGCCCGCCGACCACCAGUGCUCCGCAGGAGUGUACCUCAGCGGGAGCUGGUUUGAGCAUUGGCAGCGGGCCAGGGCCCAGCGUCGGAGGGGAGAUGCCCGGUUCAUUCGUGCCCACCGUCACUGCCAUCACCUCCAGCCAGGACCUGCAGUGGAUGGUACAGCCGACUCUCGUCUCCUCCCAGGCCUCUGGACAGAGUGGGACCACUGGGACCACCACCAUGACCCAGCCAGUCUCACUGGUUGACCCAUAUGACAUGCCCGGACCCAGUUAUUCCUCGGGGUCUGCAUUCACCCCGCCAAGUUCAGAAACACCGGGCCCAGCACCGGGCCCCAUCCGCCAGUCCAGAACCCGCAGCCGCCGUACACGGGAGGAGUCUGUGAGUGAAGAUGGAGAUGUUGGUGUGUUACUAACACCUGAAGAGGAGGAGAAGAGGCGUGUCCGGCGAGAGAGAAACAAGUUGGCUGCCGCCAAAUGCAGAAACCGCCGACGAGAACUCACAGACAGACUGCAGUCGGAGACGGACAUCCUGGAGGAGGAGAAGGCAGAGCUGGAGGCUGAGAUCUCUGAGCUGCAGAAGGAGAAGGAGCGUCUGGAGUUUGUCCUGGUGGCCCACCAGCCGAACUGUAAGAUCCAUUACCAGGAGCAACCACAGCAGAGCUCGGUGCAGCUCCCUCCAGUCCAGCCCCAGCUCCCUCCCCAGACCUUACAACCUCCUGUCUCCAUUGUGGGCUUGGCUGUGAAGGAAGACUCUUUCUAUCUGCCUCCUGCCUACACAGCCCAUCCGGCCUCCACACAGUCCCAGCCUCCGGUUCAGCAGCAAGUCCAGCAGCAGCCUCAGCCAGGGAUAAUGCAGGAGGUAGAGUUUUCUAGUUCUUUCUAUGGCUCAAGUGAGCCGGCACCAGGCGGGCCGUGCCUCAUGGCCAGCGACAGUGGUGGUGGUGGUGGUAACCAUGACGAUGCGGCCAUUGGCAGCUACAACACCUCAUACACAUCUUCAUUUGUGUUCACCUACCCAGAGGGAGCCUGCGGGGUCAGUGCCAACCAGCGGAACAGCAGUAGCGAGCAGUCAUCUGAUUCCCUGAACUCGCCUUCGCUGCUGGCGCUCUGACUGACCGACAGACACACGCGCUCACAUAUCAACAAGCACAUACAUUAUGCUCGCUGGAAGUAGAGGCUGAGGCAAGUACAUGCAGAGUACCUAUCAGUCUCAGAGAUUGAGAAAAAAAACAACCAAUCACUUAUUUCUGAUUGGGUUAAAGUUUACAAAUUCAUGCAUUCCAAUCAAGAGCCAUACAAAUAGUUGCACAUUAUAUUAGAUCUAACCUUUAACAACAACAUAUACAUCGUUUCUUGUUUUGUAUUAUCAGAAAACCUGCAACUGGACAAGAUAUGUGAAUUAAAAAACUGAGUCACAAAAUCCCAGUCCAAGUUGCAAAUCUUAAGUGCUCUGAAUUAACAGAUUAAUUCACAAUGAAGAUUCCCAAUCUUCAACCUGUACAGUACAUCGAGUAAAAUAGCUCACUUUACACUCCAACAAGCACCAGUGCCCCCACCUUGUUCCCUCUGUGGGUUGACUUUUCCAGUGCUUUUGCUCUCAUCCUUUUCCAUCCUUUUCUUCCUCUCGCUGAAUGUAUUUGUGCAAAUCUGAACUAGGGACGAAGGACUUUGUUCAGGGUCUUUUCUUGUUGGAGACAGACUGCUGAUUUCACCUCUAACCCUUCAUCUGCUCGACUUUCCUCUGCUUCUUCAUUUGCUGCUUGGACUUGGCAAGUUGGGGAUCUGAGUAUCACCAUCAGCCUCCACUAAAUCUUGUGCUUUCUUCUCUCGUUUUUAAAAAAACAAACAAUUUCUUCUGCCGUCUACCUACCACUACUGCCAUGCGACCCAUCUCUGCCCAUCUGUUUCUCCUCUUCUGUCUCUGUGUUUCUCCCUUUCUCUGAAGUCUUCGACCCCAGAGAGCCCGAAGACCCCCGAGAGCCCUUGGGACCUUGAGUGAAAGACGGCCCAACUAACACGCCCCUUUGCACCCUCUCAUUCAAGGACAUGGAUGCAAAGCAGAUCCUUACAGUGAACAGCAGCUAAAUAACUUUAACACAUGCACACGGACGCAUAAUUGAUGAACGCAAAAUGCAAGACGGAUGCCACUGUCUUCUGCUGAGCCAUUUUUUCAAAGUUCACACAAUGAAGAUUAGAAACGUCUUGUGUUGUGAGGCCGGGUAAACGUGAGGAUGGAGAGAGGUUUAGAGGAAGGGAGGAAGGAAGUGCGACCAAGCUGGACAUACUCAAAUAGAGAGGUGAUGGAUAAAGAGGAUGACUCUCAUCCUAACCAUCCUUUUUUUGGAACUGAAUGUUGAAAAAAAAAGAAAGAGCCAAAUGUUAAAAACAAAAGCAAAAAAGAGAAAAAAAUCCUGCUCUUGCCAACUGUGUGGAAGGGUGGCCUCAGUAAAAACACCUCCGUACCACAGAGCCUCAUCACCCUGGGCCUACAUGCGUAUAUUCACAUCAUUGCUUUCAAGUCUCUGAACUGAAGAUACAGACGUGUUGUUGCAGCGCACAAGCUCCGUGUUUUGCUCAGAAUAAAUCAGAUGUGAACCGAUGCCUUUAUUUAGAGGAGAGACGUUUUUUGUAGUGAUUCAGACAACCUCUAAACAUUUGGGCUCAGUGGUCUCUGUACCUCCCCUGUUCUCUCAGCGGAGACGAGGUUGGGGUGCGUUUAUUGUGAGUGCGUCCACUCUGAGGCACCUGGCCCGUUUAUUUAUUUCUUUAUUGAGGUUGAUGUGGCGAGUGAGCACAAAGACACGACCUGGAAACAAAAGGGGGAACACGUGGGCAGAUGUCGUGGAGUGAGCGUCCUUUCUUUGCCUGUGAAUUUGUACAAUUUGUUUUUCCUGUAUGUUUGAGUGAGAAUUGUUAUAUAUUUUAAUGUUUAUGUUUGUUUGUGUGUUUGAUUGUUUUUUGCAUUGACCUCUGCUUUCACUAGUACUGUUGCCAUUUCUUGUUUUGUUUAUUGUUUUAUGUUUUUUAAUCUGGUGAUUUUCCCAUAUGUUACUAUUAUUAUUGCAUUGUAACUAUUGUUUCAUUAUUUUAUUGUAUUUUCAUUUGGCAACUUUGGAGGCAUGUUGUGCACUACAAAAAAGAAAAAAAAAUUAUAAAUCUAUAUGCAUAUACAACAUAUAUACAGGUAACAUGUAUAUAUAAGUGUAUGUACCAUGAUUGUAAAGUAUGAAUGUCUGCAGAUCUAAAUGGGAUAUUUUUGUCAAUGAAGAACAAGAUAAAAUGUUACUGAGGUUUAGUUUUAAAAUAAAUAUUUUUAUAAAGGAACAAGAGUAAAAAAAAAACUAUAAUAAAUUUAGAGUACUGCCCUGUCCCUCAACAUGAA